AUGUCGUCCACCAGCAACGCCUCCAUUGACAAGUUCAACGGAGACAAUUACGCAACGUGGAGCCGGUACAUGCGCGGUGUGUUUUUGACGAAGUCCGUCUGGCACGUCGUCAACCGUGAAGUGACUCCGACUUUCACCGACCCGCGAGCGUCCGAUGACUACGUCAAGGCAAGCAACGUCGCGUUUGGUAUGAUGCUGCUGCACAUGAACGCGGACUACCAUCAUGUGCUGGACAACUGCGAGGAAGCCUGGGUUGCGUGGACAAGUCUGAAGACGCUGUACGGUGGGUCGCAGAAGGCAGGACGCAUCUACCUCAAGCGACAACUUUUCAGUAUCAAGAUGGCUGAAGGCGCGAACGUCAUGCAUCACUGCAACGAGGUCCUCAACAUCUCCGCCAAGCUUAGCGGCAUCGGUGCGAAGAUGGAAGACGAAGACGUUGCAAUUUGUCUGCUACUCAGUCUUCCGAAGAGCUACGAAAAUGUGGUGCUCAACAUGGAAAUGAGCAGCACCGAGCUUCGCACUCAAGAUGUGGUGAGAGUCCUGACGAAUGAGCAUGCCAAGCGUCAAGGAGAAAAAGGGACAACGACAGCGACUACGGUGAAGGCUGAAGAUGCAAGCAAGGCAUUCAGCGCCGAGCGUGAGCCCUACCAAUGCACGUAUUGUGGCAAGGUGGGACACACGGUGGAUCGUUGCUGGACAAAGCAGAAGAACGAAGGUCAGGGGAGCCCGACGCGGCGGCAAUGGUCGUGGACGCGGGGCUAA